AUGUCGUCGAAGAAGAAAGCCAAAAACCUAACCCAAGGCAAGCAAAAAAAGAAGGUAUGGCGGUCCAAGCAAGUUCUGGCCUCGCCCUUCGCGCCCGUAAUGCCGGCAGCCACGCUGGGCACGCGCGACGCCGUUCUGCGCGUCCUGCUGUCUGCCGUGCCCGUUCCGUUUGCGCAGCGCGAGCCGCGCCCGUCACGAGCCUCUCUGCCGCCGCAAGCAGUGCCGGCGGAAGCCGCACCUCCCCCGCACAAGCUGUGCAAGAAGCCGGCGCGGCUGCUGGUCGGCAUCAACGAAGUCACGCGCGCGCUGGAGCGCGGCAGCGUCGCGCUCGUGCUCCUGGCCAGGGACGUCACGCCGGCCCUGCUGGUGCAGCACGUCCCCGUGCUGUGCUUUCUGGCUGGCGCGCAACUGGUCGUCAUGCCCGGCGAUGGCACGGAUAUGGGCCUCGUCCUCGGGACGCGGCGCGUGCUCGCGGUCGGCGUCGCGGAGCGGGGGGAGGACGGGGACAGCAGCGGGGUGGCAGAAAUGAUCCUGCAGGGUUUGAAGCCGCUUGCCACAAGGCUCGAAUAUCCUUGGCUAGCCGCCGCGAAGAGGAAGAAGGGCACUCCGCCCCCGCUGCCCGAGCCGGUUUCUGUUCCGCAUAGGAAUAAAAAGGAUAUUGGGUGAUCAAGACGUGUAGAUUAGCUGGAGAUAAGAGUCGAAAUGAGCGUAGGUCGGGGCUGGUGCUUGCUGACGUAGUUGCUUGUUGGCUAAUAUCAAGCAGCUAACUCGUUUGUUCUGCGAUAUGUAACCGCGAAAGGUUCUCAGUAGAAGAAUCUUGUGCAUGCAUGACAAUAGGAAGAUCUGCAACAGAUACAUGACACCCCACAACGAAGGCUUAAGUGCAGUUAGCACAGGGGUUGAGCACAGGGAUUGAACAAAGAGCGUGAGAGGCGGAUGGCAUGCCAUAUUAACUAAAGAGGUAGCGAAAAUGAUGAAAAGGCCGGUAGAUUAAGCUCCUAUGGUGGGAUUGUCUACCGACUGAACUAUGAAGAAAGUCGCCGGAACGUCGACAACGUCUGCACUGGAAAUGUCGCUGAAGUGACCAGUUUGUCCUGAAGCCGUUCGGUAAUUGUCACUAGGUGACAAACCAGAGCUUUCUUCCUUGGUAUAUAAUAAAGCCCACGACGCUUUCGUCCAACUGCGUCAUAUUCUUGUGUA